CUGUGUACAAUUAGUAUCACAACAUCAACUAACACUGUACGAGUGUUUACGUGAAAAUAACAUGUUGAUAUCAAAUGUACGUGUGGUGACAUUCAGUGGAAGACUGACAUUGAUAUUGAGACGACAAGAUGUUAGGUCUACUAUCAUCACAUCCUCCCACAACCUCCUCCAUCUGACAAUAGUCGUCACUGAACACUCUUGAGCUUUGAGCCACUCACCCGUUAUUUAUGUUGUUUACUCUUUAAGUAGCUGGUUGUUGUGUACGCGCUGUAAAUAAACAUGUUUAUAAGACACAAGAGACACAGACUGAACAAGUCUCACACACAAUAAAAUAUUCAAGAAUGUCUGUCUACUAGUCUCCCGUCACCUUGUGAGUGUCUGUCUCACCAGCUUAAAUAUUUACUGUUCAUUAUAGUCCCUAAUUAACCUCUUGUCUCCCAGUGUUCUGUCUAGAGGAUUACAGACCUCUGUUGUACCGAAGCAAUCACGUGACCAAUGCCACAUACAAGGAGCCUGUGAGUUGACUGUUGUAGUCAUUGUAAGGAGUUUGCCAUGUGCCAUGUACAGUGUCGGCGGCAGCUUGUGGUUUGUGGCUUUGAAGACAUCUUGUGACAUUGGCUACAGGUGACAGUGUCUACACGUGUAGUGAUUGUAGACACAGAGAGACUGAUGUCAUGUCAGUAAACAGACGACAGUACAACCCUUGAUUACCAUUUAGAGAAGAGCAAUACUGUCACAACGCGAAAGAGUGAAAAGAAAACCAGACAAUUAGGCGCCGGAUGACGUGACGUAUCGCUAGAAGGCUGGGAACUGUGCGAUACACUAACUGUGGUGUGUGAUUGGUUGUAAUAGUAUGUCUUGUGACGUCAACUAGCGUCUAGCAUUACGUCGUGACGUAAAUGGUCUUUAGUGGACAUACGCGUGAAGCGAUGACUGCUCCUACGUCAGUGUCAGUGGAUUAUUUUCUACUUUUUUUCCUGACAAACCUGAAAGUGCGGGGAAAAACGCCAGGGGAUAGAAAAAGUAAAGAAUGAAUUACGAGAUCAACCUGACUUUCAAGCAUUUCUAUCGUAAAAGAUUGUUUAAAAGCUUGUGACGAUGCUUGACAUCGGCGUGCGAAAAAUUUGGGACAUUAACAUGGACAUCUUAAGGGUCAUGAACUUUGUGGCCGCAUCAUGAACUGCAAUUAAGCCGUCAACUAUUAGGACUGUAUCGCCAAGGUUCGUUUCAAUGUUCAGUCAGGUGUGUCAGACGUUGUACAUGACGGUGACGAUACUGGCGAUGUGAGCCUGAAUGAGGAAGUAGUACGAGAUGACUGGGACACAGUAACCUGUAGUGCAUCUAAAUUCAACUUCGACGAUUUUUUCAUCUGUGACGAAAGCUUGUAAACUUGCGGUUAACUUUAUCUUGACAAAAUAUGCGAGGAAUGUGCGUGUGUGACACACAGUGGAGAUGGAGUUGAUGUCGACGCCGGAAGUGACGACGACUGUUGAGAAUCAACAGGUCCACCACCAACAAGUGUCCGAAGCCCUCACAACGCUGGACACGUGAGGGAAGUUUGCCUUCAGGCCCCUGGGGGCAGCGACAUGUUGGGACACGUGCAACGUGCGGAACACGUGACCCAGCCUGCAAGGGCUUUGGGUAUUUGAACGGCCCCUAUCCGCUAUUUCGGAAAAUUAUGCAUACAUACGACCUUCACCCAGCACAUUACGACCUUCACCCAGCAAGUAUGUUAGGCCACUUCCGGUUUUGCUGUGCUCGUAGCAUUCUUCAAGCAUGAGGGCUCUUACAAAUAAAAAAGAUAAUCGAAUUUGCUGUGUACCUCAAUGUACAGUUAAAGCCUAUAAAUGUCCAACAUUGUCCUUCCAUGACAUUCCAAAGGACGAGCAAAUGAAGAAGCUUUGGCUUGUAAGAAUUCGAAGAGACGAAGGACCCCUCUUUCGGAUAGGAAGGUGGACAAAGGUUUGUAGCAGGCACUUUGUGCCAGAAGAUUUUCGCCCUCUACCCUUAAAAGGAAAGAAAAGGAGACUAAAGCCAAAUGCUGUACCAAGCUUGUUUACAUUAAACAACUUUCAGCGUGGGAAAGAGAGAAAGCUGCCGGCAGUUCACCAUCCCCUGUCACUAGCAAAUAUCAACACCAAUCAGAGUAAAAAUGGGGAUGCAGAGCCCACAACAGAGCCUGAAACGGCAGCGACACAACCUGCAGCGGCAGAGACGGAGCUUGCAACAGCAGCGGCAGAGCCUGUAACAGCAGACAACCCUUCUGUUGAAGAGCAGCUCUUUUUGGCAAAAGAAGAGAAUAAAGUUCUUCAAGAGAGGAUACAAUAAUUACAACAUCAGUUGCAAAUGGAGAGCAGCAGAAAAAUCGAAAACUUUGGGUUAGAGCGUUUUUCACAAGAUGAUGGAAAAAUAGAAUUUUAUACUGGAUUUUCAAAUUAUAACACAUUAAAAAUAUUUUAUGAAUACAUUGAGCCAUAUGCAAACGGAAUGUACCAGUCAUAUGGCAAAUCAGGUGAUAAACUUUAUAUGAGGCGUGCAAAUGGAAACAUGCAGCUUAUUGAUGAAUUGUUUAUGUUCCUUGUGCGUCUGAGACUUGGUCUGUUAUUAACAGAUCUCUCCGAUCGCUUUGGCAUUAGUGUAUCCUCUGUAAGCACCAAAAUUAAUGCAUGGGCAAAUUUUUUGUAUACCAUUCUUGGCAGCAUGAAUAUCUGGCUGUCUAGGGAAGAAAUAAAUGAGUACAUGCCAGUUGACUUCAGGGCUACAUUUCCAAAUACAAGAGUGAUUGUAGACUGCACUGAGCUAUUUAUGCAGAACCCUUCUUCAUUAGUCAGAAGCAGUCAUUUCUACUCUAACUACAAAGGUCAGGCCACACUCAAGUCUUUAAUAGGCAUAUCACCUCAUGGGUCAGUAACCUUUGUAUCUAAACUCUAUUCAGGCAGCAUGUCUGACUCUGAAAUAACACAGCUUUCUGGCCUUAUCGACUUGCUGGAACCCGGAGAUUCCGUAAUGAGUGACAAAGGUUUUAACAUACAAAAUAUCCUUGCACAGAAAAAUAUAUCAUUAAACAUGCCUGCUUUUUUAUCAGGAAAGGGUCAGUUUUCUGAAAAUGAAGUUGCAGCCAACCAGUGUAUCAGUUCACUACGAGUUCACAUUGAGCGAGCUAUCCGCAGGGUCAAAGAGUAUAGGCUUUUUCAUGGAAAGAUUCCUUUGACCUUGUGUGGUAGCUUAAAUCAGUUGUGGACUGUAGCUGUUCUGCUUACAAACCUAAAGCCUCCUCUUGUGACCAAAUAUGCACCCAAUGCCUCGUACGAUCCCAAUACAGAGCUGUAGGCUUUAUUAUGCCACCAGUUUAUGUCUAAAAGUAAUACCAAGAAAAUUUUUAGGAAAAUAUAUCUGUAUGUAAUAUUAUAAUAAAAACUAAGUGAGCUGCUGUACUGAUUAAUGGAGGCUGACUUAACAAUCAUGUCUAGUGCAUGUGUGCUUGUAAAAGAUAUUUUAGUUUUGUAAAUUUUUGUGUACUCACAUUACUGUAUGCUACAGCUGCUAAAGGCUCAUUUGCAAUUCCAUCUUUCAUGGCCUGUGUCAUUCUUGUCUUGGAAGAUUUAAGACUUUUAGACAAGGCUUGGAUAUCUGAAGAAUGAUAUUGAACUAUUUAGAAUUAAACAAUGCUAUCUUCUACUUGAGCCUAUUAAUUUCUUAACUUGAAAAAGGCACUCUGUCUGCAUUGGCAGUAAGCAUUGAAAAACUGUACCAGUCACUGUAUAUGGUAUAAAAUCACAAUGAUCAAUCUUUUGAUUUACAUCUAGUAAAUUAUAACAAUAUUGUUAAGAACACACUCAAAAUUAAAUAAUUAUGUACAAUAAUGUCUGGACAGCAUAAAUAUAUCAAAUGCUGUUAUGAAGGAAUAAGAAAUCUGUUCCUGCAUGCUCUAAAUUUGGUGUUUUUAUUAUGAUACUUUGUUUACUAAUCUUGCUUUGGAAGAGAUAGUAAACUAUGCUGCUUUAUUUA